GUUCCAUUUGAAAACCACUGCCUACAUCAACCUACAUAUAUUUCAUUCUCUCUUUCUCAUGUGGGCGAUGGUGAUUAUGGGUCAAAACAUCCUAAUCGCAUUGGUGUCAUCUCUCCUGAUGUUGAUCUUGGGGACAUUGAUCAUAGAUGUAAUCCUGGUAAGCAAAAAGAUCUGGAGCUUCUUGUGCACACUUACAAAAUACCUAGUGCAUGACGACACCCUCGCCGUCGACUCCGUGGUGCUUGGUGAUAGCUGCGCACCGCCGGCGCAACUAGUUGGCGGCGGCGGAUUGACCUCUGAUGACAUAGAAAUUGUCACGACGAGGCUUGGUCUGACCGGGUGGAGGUACCAACGGUGUGAAGUAAUCGGUGUCGUAAAUGAGUUUAUGGACGGUAAGCAAGCGAGCGAGAGCGAGCUGGAGGAGGCCUUCUACGUUUUUGACCGUAACGAGGAUGGGUUCAUAUGCGCCGGGGAGUUGUGGAAUGUGAUGAGGAGGCUAGGGUGGAAAGAAGGGGCGAUGUAUGAGGACUGUGUGAGGAUGAUCCGCACCUUCGAUGAGGAUGGAGAUGGGAAGAUCAACUUCCUAGAGUUUAGAAGGAUGAUGGAGAAUGCCGUUUAAGUACCAUGUUCUUCGUUACUCUGCUCUUACUGUAAUAAGCCGUUGUAAAACCGCAUGGGACAUGUGGUUAGCAAAAAAAAUAAGCCGUUGUAAAAUGAGGCAUGAACAAUGUGUGUUGGUAUGCUAUAAUUUUUGGCAUUUAAAUAAGGUUUUUACCUCACUA